GGGAGUUGUUGUUCCGGGGAGAAACAUGGCCACAGUCGGUGGGCUUGAAAAUGUUGCGUUCUUGAUUUUGUCCCGUCUUUUCGCCUAAAAUAGAGCCAGCCGGAUCACAGCACCGCCGCGGCUGCACUUGGCCGUGUCAGGUAGAAAGUGUUAGUCGUAUGUCUCGUCAGUUUCAGACAUUUUAAUCCGGUUUUGGGAGGAGGGGGACUCCUCCUGAGUGCGGGUGUGGGUCAGCUGUCCGUCACAUUAUCGGAGUGUUGCCCUCUGAAAAAGUGAGGAUCCUGGGAAGCGGUAACCAUGGCGAUGCCUGUAAACAUCCAAAACCCCAGCAAGACCUGGGAGCUGAGUCUGUACGAGCUGCACAGGAGCCCACAGGAGGCCAUCAUGGAUGGGACGGAGGUGGCGGUGUCUCCCAGGUCUCUGCACAGUGAGCUGAUGUGUCCUAUCUGCCUGGACAUGCUGAAGAACACCAUGACAACCAAGGAGUGUCUGCACCGCUUCUGCUCUGACUGCAUCGUCACCGCGCUGCGAUCAGGGAACAAAGAGUGUCCGACCUGCAGGAAGAAGCUUGUCUCCAGGCGCUCGCUGCGCCGCGACUCCAACUUCGACGCCCUGAUCUCUAAGAUCUACCCGAGCCGGGACGAGUACGAGGCUCAUCAGGACCGGGUGCUGGAGCGGCUCAGCAGGCUGCACAACAAGGAGGCGCUGAACUCCAGCAUCGAGGAGGGGCUCCGCCAGCAGGCCCGCUACAGGUCUGAGAGGAACCACCGGGUCAAGAAGCCGGCUCAGGAGAGCGACAACACCACCUUCAGUGGGGGAGAGGACAACGGCGACGCCCGCUCCCACCUUUCCCACGACUCCGCUCCCUCGCACCACGCCCACCUGCCCCUCGGCGGGACCUCCUCAGAGGCCGGGCCGAGCCGUAAGCGUCUGCGGGCCUCGGAUGAGGGUUCGGGUCUGGAGGCGGACGGCGGCAGUCCCGCCCCGCCGCUCAGACGCCAUAAAGAGGGAGCGGGCUCAGAGAUAGAGCUGGUGUUCAGGCCACACCCACAGCUGGUCAACGCUCAGGAGUACAGCCAGACCAGAUAUGUGAAGACCACAGCCAACGCCACGGUGGACCAUCUGUCCAAAUACCUGGCUCUGCGCAUCGCUCUGGAGGAGAGACAGACAGGCGGAGAGACGGAGGAGAGAGGAGACGGAGGAGAGGAAGGCGAGGAGAGAGGAGGUAGAAGAGCAGGAGGAGGUGGAGAGGCAUCCAGCCUCAGCAACAUCAGCGAGAAACAGUACACCAUUUACAUCACGACGACAGGGGGACAGUUCUCUACGCUGAACGGCUCUCUGACUCUGGAGCUCGUCAACGAGAAAUACUGGAAGGUCAGGAAGCCUCUGGAGCUUUACUACGCUCCCACCAAGGACCAGCAGCAGCAACCGCAACCGCAACCGCAACCACAGCAACCGCAACAACAACAGCAACAACCUCCACCACAGCCGCCGCAGCAGCAGAAGUCUUCACCGCAGAGGGAGGGAUGAGGAAGAGGAGCGUGCUUCCUCUCUCCAGCCUUUUCUUCCAUUUUCUCCCGUUAGCUGUUUGACAUUUCAGGCUUUUUCUGGCUUUUUGGAGCCUCGGGUGUUCAGCGGCGGCAUGUCCCAGGUUCUGCACCGGCUCGAGAAAUCUGCAGCCACUGAUUUUUUUUUUUUCCUCACUACCAUCACAUUGAAUUUGUUUGUUGCACUGGGUGACGUGAAAAUCUGAUUUUGAUGGCGAGUUUAACAAGAAAAGGAGGUGAUCGGUAUCAGAACGGGAAAAAUACUUUAACGCACCAGUAAAAGGUUGGUCAGUUUUUUUUUUGUUUUGUUUUUUUUUUAGUGGCAGGAAAGCAGCUGUCUUAUGGAAAUCCUGUUCAGAUAUAUCCAUGAAUUCUACUUGGAAUGAUUACUAAAGUGGCUGAAAUUGUUUUCCCUGCCCUGGUCGGUGAACAAAAAUAGUGAAACCCCUUGUUUUCUCAGAAUACACACCUUUUGUGUUCUCAAGUAGCUCUGAUUUUUCAGUUUGAAUACCUUUUUAUGACUUAUGAAUACUUACGACUUGCACAGCCAGCGGCUCGCCGGCUCACUGUGUAGCUGACUUGUGACCAAUCACACCAAUCCUCCACGGGCACCCUUGAAUUAAAAGCGAAGUUUGUGUGGGAAUAGGAUAAAUACUGUCUCUUUUUUUUUUUUUUUAAAGAUUUCUGACGCCCCACGCCUCGUUUGAAAGAAGAAAGUCUCCUUUUGUUGAACAGAAAGAUGAGUAAUAAGAGGAGUGGUCAAAGCGAUGAAAAUGCGAUUUAGUUUUGUACUGCUGAUGUGUGUCUCUCUCCCUGCAGACUCAGAGGAUGUUUCUAAUAGAAUCGCUUGUUAGAAUCUAUAAAGAUGCAAAAAUGUGCCAACCCGUACGGCGCCAUCCAUUAGUUUAAUAGCGACUGAACCUGUAUUUAUGAACACUUGGGACUAUUUAAUUUCGCAUUGGGGAUUUUUAUGACUGAAGCACUUUGCUGCUUUUGCGACGUCUCUGCUGGGCUGCUGUCCAUUUUCUACGGCUUUUCUUUUUGAUCUUUUUUUUUUUUAUCCUGAAUGACGAAGCCAUGACAAGUAAGGGACAGCUUGGCUUAAAAAAAAAAAAAAAAAAAAAAAAAAGAAGUAUAUCACAGUAAUUUUGAUAAGCUGGCGUUAUUGCUCGUCACUUGGACCUACAGUACUUUAUGACAGAUGCAGCAUUUUUUUGUGGCUUUCAUAGCUCGGACUGAACUAAACCGCUGUUGCUUUACUGAGGCCAUAAAGUUGUGUGUUAAAGCAGCACACGAGCUUCAGGCAGAAAGCUCUGACGGAUUAUAACGUGUUGAAGUAGUUUAUACGGCUUGACCUGAUGCUCUCUUUUCAAAGCGUGGCUCAUGGCUGCAGCUUCAUUUAGUUAAGAUCGACUUUGUAUGUUUAUGCCACUGUAAUUCAGGAUAUUUGCAUUGAUGUAAUAAGAAAUGAUCAUUAGGAACUAUAAACUUGAUUUUCCUCUAAAUCUAUUUUUGGGUCCCUCGGCUGCUUUCCCUUCAAAUAUGUAAUUAUUAUCACUAGGCGAUGUGUUUAAUGUAUCUUACUGUUCAUUAAAUUACUUCUUCCUGUUUUCUCUUACAUUUUCUUCUUGGAAAAAAAAAAAAGCUUUUGUUUGCAUUAAAAUUGCUGCUUUCCCUCAGAACUGCCCUUAAAAUCUGUAUAUUUUUGACACUUAAAAGCCAUAUGCCUUAGUUAAGGUAUUACCUCAUCUCUCCACAACUUAACACUCUCUCCUCCAGUCUUGUCUUAUGCACUUUAUACCUCCUGCAGGCAUACGAUAAAUAGGUUUUCCUACCUUGCCUAAGUUUGAUACAAUCUUUGUAUGUUGUUUUAAAAAGAAAAAAGAAGUAAUGCAAGUAUAUUUCAUUUCAAUUUAAUGCUGUGCCGCUCUUGUAUAUACACCUGUCCCUUUUUGUUGGUGGUGGAAACAAA